CUGGGUAAAAGAGGGUGACGUCGAAAUGGGAAAACGAAACUGAUGUGGUGGGAUUUCCAGAGAAAAGCUGUAGUGCUGAGUAGAGAUAUCUUGCUAUAAAAACAGCAGUAGCAGCUGUUAGCAGUCGGUUAGCGUCUUUAACACAGCGGAGAGAGCAUUUUUAACGAUUUAAGCACAGAUAUUGAGCAUCGAUGGCCCAAAACAAGCCGCUGUUCAUCCCGUGGCUGCGGCAGCAGAUCGACAGCGCUCUGUACCCCGGAGUGAACUGGCUCAACCCCGAGCGCACGCUCUUCACCGUCCCCUGGAAACACGCUCUGAGACAGGACUCCAACAGCGACGAUGUGCGAAUAUUCAAGGCCUGGGCCAGAACGAGUGUGAAUUCUGGAGAGAUGAUCCCAGGUGAUUCCUCGGUGUGGAAGAGGAACUUCCGCAGUGCUCUCAGAGCCAGAGGCUUUAAGAUGUAUCAGGACAACAAGAACGACACGGCCAACCCUCACAAGAUCUUUAAGUGGCCAGAGGACGGACAGUCUGGGGGAGACUCCAGGGAAAGUUCACAAGAUUAUGAUGGGAAUUUUCCUCUAGAUGCUCUGGAUCUGGAUAAUGAAAUUUUGUUUCGAGACGGAGCCCAAGCACACCAGAUUCUGGAGGAGUGUCUUCAGGGCCUGAAUAUUACCCAACCUGAGCAAGAGUCUGUAGGUGUGGUGGAUCCGUAUCUGCUGGGAGGGUCAGCAGGGGCAGAUCUGUACUCGGCUGCAGCUCCUGCAGCGUCCUGUCUGCUGAACAGUCCCGUCAGUGAGGUGUUCUCUGAUCAGGCUGUUGGUGGUUUGGGACACAUCUCUCCUGCUGAAGCCUCUGCAGCUCUCGGACAGUUUUCUCCACUGGAGGGAGCUUUCACAGGCACACAAGACCCACUUCCUGUUCAGGACACUGCUAAUGACUCAGGUAUCAACAACUUUCCAACCCAUUAUAAUGUGAGCGUUUACUACAGAGGGAGCAAAGUGUUGGAGCAGCUGGUGGAGAAUGAGACGGGAUUCAGGAUUAUGUUCAGGAAUGACCUCGGCCUAAUGACAGACACACUGCCGGUUAUAAGACUGCCUGACACGGACUCUAUCCUGGACCAGACCCAGGCCAGUUCAACCAGGGAUAUCCUGGUUAAUCUGGGGGGUCUGGAGGUCAGGAAGAAGAGCGGUGUUGUUUUUGGGCAUCGCUGGGGAGACAGCCGGGUCUUCUGGGGUCUGUGUAAACAUGAGCGCACCGACCAGCCCAGACCUCUCGCUAAAAUCCACCCGGAGCCAAUUUACCACUUUAAGGAUUUCUGCACAGGAAUAAUGGACUUUAUGCAUUACAAAGGAUCGUCUCCUUCAUACACUCUGUAUUUCUUUCUGGGCCAGAAUUGGCCUGACCCCAAAAGAAAACCCUGGGAGAAGAAGCUCAUUAUGGUGGAGGUGGUGCUCACCUCACUGGAGAGGCUGAAGAUGAUGGCUGUUGAAAACGGAGCUUCUUCACUACAGUCUGAUGAGCUGCAGCUUUCGCUGGAGCAGAUGAUGGAAUUGUGCUGAAAAUGAUGCUGGAAUCUGAGAGAAACUGGAGUCAUGCACUUUCUGCAGUUUAUUAAAUCAAUGUUUGGCCAGAGUUUGAGUUUACACGUACCUCAGAUAGUCUGAAUGCCGGUCUGUUAUUUAGAUUUUCACUGGAGCUAUGAGGCUAACACUGCUAGCACAAUUUAAACCCAAUAUAAACACAGAGUUACUGCAGCAGCUCAGAAAAUGAUGCUUGUUCUUACAGCCUACAACACAGAGACCAAGCAGUUAAUCAUAAUAUAUGAUCUAUAAGUUUAUCUAAGGUAGCCUGGGGGGCAAUCACUACACUCUGAUGGUUAACAGUGAACACUCUAAACUCUUACAUACAUUUUGUCUGAUUUAUUCUGUUAGCUUUAUUACUUGUUAGCCAUGUUAGCCUUGCAGCUUCAGUGCAAAAGAAACUUAACACAGAAAAUAAUGCCAUGAUUUUGUGACACAAUAUGAGAACCUUUAUUACUUAUAGAAGCGACACUGAAGACUCGCAUGCCUCCUCCAAUACAUGUGAAGUCAGAGUCCGCCUCUUUUUGAACUGCUGCUGAUGUAGCAUUGCCGAGUAGCAUCACAGCACUAACGCUCAGAGGAAAGCGCAGCGACUCGGUUCUGAUACAUCAGCUCACAGACGCAGCCUUGUGCUGAUCCACAUCAACCUAGUAGUGAUUAGGGAAAAGAGAGAGCGCCAUCUACUGUACCCACCCAGAGAGAGUAAGGCAAAUUGUGCUCUCUCAUGGCUCCGGCAGCUGAUGGCAAGCUGCAUGAACAGGAUUCGAACCAGCAAUCACUCGAUCAUAGUGGCAGCACUUCAGACUGCUGGACCAAUCAGUGCCCUGGAACAAUAUGUUUAUUACUUUUUAUAGAUAUAAUUAAGCAAUAAUACAUGAGACGGAGUGCUUUAACGUGUAAUACUGUCACUCCUGUGCUGUGGUCGUUAUUGUGAUUAUACCACAGUUCCAUUAUCACUAUUUACUGAAAGAUUUUGAGUUAAAGAGGAGGAGAAAAUAGAAUCUGUUUGGUUAUAAAAACUCCGCCAGUUAAAUUAUUCCAUUGCCGCUCUGUUUGUAGCUGUGCUGUUUGGCUUGUAAGCGCUGCAUCGUUGCUAGAUGGUUACCUGUAUGUGGUGUAGUAAUACAUGGAGACCUUUGGCUACAGUGCAUUACCUGCUGAUAACUGCACUCAUAGAACGCCUCUCAGCCUCACAUUGCAGGGUCAGAACUAACUGUGGUAUAAUGGAAGAUAUUAAUCAAACGAUUUAAAAUGAUUUUAAAGCACUGCCCUGGGUCACUGUAUAUAGUUAUAUAUAGUUCAAAUGCAGUUUCAGUAAUUUUUGUAAAAAAUCUAAGGGAUAUAUGUGUGUAAUGUUUGCAAGGCGAUCUUUCUCUUUCUCUCCCUUUAGAUCACUGCUUCACUGAUGGUAAUUGUGAGAAUAGUGUAAUAUCACUGUUAUACUGACCCCAUCAUGCUCAUGCUGCGAAACUCGAGUAAUAUUUGUGUAAAAUUCUUUAAUAUUACUCAACCUACUCAGUCCACACGCUUCUUUUACUUUAGCGUGUCCAGAAAUGAAAGUUUGAAGUGCACUUGAGGUAAAUCUUAUGUUGCUUUAAAGUAUAAAGUCACAUGAAAAUACACUUAAUUAAUUGUGUAUGUAAUUUUAUAUGUGAUUAUUCAGGUACUGUGAAAAGAACUGAAAUACUGAACAAAGCUGUGGUAAUGUUUCAUCAGUGUGAACAGAUGUACAACUUUGAUUCAUGUGAAUUCAGUGUAUUACUUGUUUUCAUUGGGGACGUUUAGGCAAUCAGAGAGAGUCUAGUGAUUUCUGGAAAAUAAAACAUAUCAAUCUCUAUUA